UGACCACACAAGCAAUUUUACUGUUAAAUUUGUGUAUAGUAUGCAAGGUCGUAGUGGUGUGCAUUAUUUGGUCAUCAUAAUCGCAUAUUCGUCCGAAUUGAAUCAUGGCGAGUCUGCUUCGUUGGUUGAUCGUUCUUGUGUUCUUGGUGCUUCAAGGCGCCUGCGAGCUGCCCAAAGACCUCCGCGUGCGUCGCGAGAUGGUGCCCGUGGGCCAGCCCCACCGCGACGCGAGCGGUAGGAUGGUGCAGGACACGGCGGAGCGCAUCACAGUGGUGGACCCCGAAGAAGAGCAGGAGAACCGCGAGAAGGAAGCGAGUGGCCAAGUGACCAAAGGCGGCAAGUUCAAGGCGCGUCGGCAGUUCAUCUUUACGGGUCUGGCGUUGCUGGCCAAGGGAAUCGCUGUGGGCGUGAAGGUGGCCAAGGUGGCGGCGGUGGGAGCCAAGGCGGUCAAGGCGGGCGCGGGUGUCGCCAAGAUGGGCAAAGUGGCGGCGGGCGCAGGCAAGGUCGCCGCCAAGGCCAAGAAGGCGGGAGCGGUGCUCAAUAAGGCCCAGAACGUGGUCAAUAAGGUGCACAAGGUGGCCAACGGUGUGCGAAAUGGAGUCCACCAAGCGCGAAACGUCGCCCAACACUUGCGCCGACGGCGCCCGUAGGACCUUUUGUAUCGUAGAAUUGGGCACUCAGUACGACACUGCCUCUGUUUAUUGACAUGGAUGUACUAACGUUACAUAGUUAGUAUUCAUACCAGCAGUAACUGUUAAUACUGUAGUUAGUGUACUAUAUCGACAGAAGGAUUUAGCCAAUCAGAUUACAGGAAACCAGAGUCA